AUGGACCCACCGCGCAACCACUGGGACGCAACUGGACGCACAUCUCUGGGUGCUCCUUCAACAUGGCAUUCAAAUGGUGCUCUCCCUCAAACUACUCCUGCCUUCGGCUCAUUCCCCAGCACAGAAUAUCAAACACUUGUUCCUGAUGCUUCACUUCCGACGGUCCCCCUAUCCUUCCCACCGUAUGGGGACGGUGUGACAGCCUGGUCGCAAGAAGCAGAGCUGGCACCCCAUUUCAGACAUAGCCAACCUUUCCAGGAACCUCGCCAUGAAACUAUUCCACUCCCAAUUACGCAAACAAAGGGCAAAUCUAAGCGGCCCAACAGGCGUGAUCUACCAUGGGAUAAUCAUAAGCAAACGAUGUACGAUCAAUAUAUGAAAGGGAAUAAAAAGCUCAAGGAGUUGCAAAGAUAUAUGAUCGAAACGCACAAGUUUGAUGCAACGGAGAAGCAAUACAAGGAUCAGUUUAACGACUGGGGAUGGUCGAAAAAUCUUGGGAAACGAGAGCGUCAAAUAAUGAAGACCAAGGCAGGCAAGAGAAGAAGAGAGAACCCGCCAAGAGAUACAGAGUUCCAGUGGGGUGGUCAAGUGUGGACCGUUGAUCGUAUAAUGAAGACUCGUGGCAAUGAAAAUGGAAACGAGGAAGAAGAUGCUCACCUUGAUGAACCAACUCCACUCGGUAUGACCUAUUACACACCCCAAAACCACACCGUUCCCGGUGUAGUGGCCACGCCAAACAUUUCUCCUCAGCGGGCGCGAAACCACGUUGGAUCCUCUGGUGGUAUGGCAUCCCAAUAUUGUGGAAUCCGACUGAGGUGGAACGGGCACACAGUAGCAGAUAUAUCUACCGUGAAAGGCCAAGCGCUUGACCUAGAGCGGCUCAAUGAUUUCGAUGGUGCAGAUGAGAAAUUCACUGAGGCCUUGGAGGCUUGUCGAAAUCUACUCCCUCCCGCUGACGAGCUCAGGGCCAACAUCACAUACCAGGUAGCCCGCUUCUACGGGCGACGCAAUCACAUGACGAGAGCCGACAGUGUGCUCGAUGAACUGACGGAUCAAUUUGUACAUCGGUGGGGUCAAGGUCAUGAAAAGACGUUGAAUCAUUAUGGAACAGUCGGUUUACUCCUGCAAGCAUGGGACCGACACGAGGAUUCCCUUAACCUCAUGAGACGGUUGACAGAUGACUUGAAAUCAACGUCCUUAUAUUCUAAUACUAAGGGAAAAGAGGCACAAUCAGCAAUCAACGUCGACCUACCAUCGUUAUAUACCUCCACUAUGCUCUCAGGAACAUCCGGCGAUGAGAGAAAUCCAGCAUCUUCUCAGCUGGUCCUUCAACUAGAGAUAGAAAAUGCGGCUGUAACUAAUUUAGAGAGCAUAGAUCGGCCAGAACAAAGACUGCUCAACUUACUUAACCAACUAAUGAAGAAUCCGGAACGCAACUUAAUAGAUAUCGUUCGGAUUAGACGUCUACUAGUGAAUCUCUACAGCAAAUCCCUUAUGUCCGACGAAGCGGGCGAGGCUUUUGCACAAGCCAAAAUUUCCAUAACGUCGCUCUGUAGUCUUGACUGCAGCAAAACAAACGACUUCUUCAGAGCUGCUGUUGACCUGGCUGAAUAUGGCCUGGAAGAGGGGUUUACAGCCGACGCCUACGAGAUUCUUGAAGUUGUGGAAUCAGAGGUUGUUGCAGAAAAUGGGCCUGAUCAUCCUAACACCAUUUCCUUGCUAAUGAAGAUCGGCAAGAUGGUCCAAGAGAUGGCUUCCUGGGAGGAGGCCGAACCGCGUUUUCAACAAGCAUAUGCAGCUUGCAUUACCGCAUUUGGUUACAAGUCUAUUGUCACACAAAAGCUUGAAAAGUCCCUUGAAAAAGGUAGUUAUUUGGGCGACUUGGAGGAUGAUGUCUCUGAUAAAGGGUUGUUCCAAUUUAUUACUCUGUAA